UCUUGCUCAAAUUGUGUCUAUCGAAAGCUAUCUACAUUUGUAUAAAGAUCUACAGACAGGAACAGAUAAUAACAAAGUUCCCAGGUGAACUUCUGUAAGGAUGAACAAAUAUACGUUGACAGAUAAACACUAGCUCUUUUGACACACACCGUGUAGUAUCGUAUCUUUGUCAUAGAAUAAAUAUUGAACCUGCCGAUACAAUCAUGAUCCGUGUAUUUGUUUAUGGGACAUUAAAAAGAGGACAACCAAACCAUCAUUUGAUUGACAAUGUUGCAAACGGAAAAGCUUUAUUUAUUGGUGAAGGAAAAACAGUUGUUAAAUAUCCUCUAAUCAUUGCAAGCAGAUGUAACAUUCCAUUUUUACUACCAGUUGAAGGAACAGGGGAGAAUAUAAAUGGAGAGGUAUAUGAAGUUGAUGAAGACAUGUUGAAAUGUUUAGAUAUUUGUGAAGAUUAUCCAAAUUUAUACGAUCGUCGUCCAAUCAAAGUUGUGGUAAACAAUGCCAUAUCAGUUGAAUGUAUAUGUUAUUUCCUUAUUAUGUUUAAAAGCAACCUGUUAGAUCUUCCAUUUAUCGAUAAUUACUAUUCCGAAGGGCCACAUGACAAACCGUAUUUACCGGAACUAGACGAAGAAUAUGAUGACUAUAGCGAAGUACAAGAAAUCUUAUGAUAGAAAAUACGGAAAAUAUCUUGGACUUAUAAUUUAUAAUUAGAUAAAAACAAAUGCAUGCAUAAUGACUUUUUUUGUAUAGCCAUGGCUUCUUUGUUUCCUUAUGGGUUACACAUUCUAGUAUUAAAAGAUCCUCGAAGUAAUUUGAUUUUUACCCCGUGGGAUUAUUUACAGACCCAACAGAUAUUUUUGUUCAAAUAGUAACGGCCUGCAUCAAGGAUCUUGACAAUUAGUCAACUGAAAGGACUACACCGACAGUGAGCUUUGAAGAAAAUGCAGAAAAGACCGGAUUUCAAAAACGAUAACUUAAAUAU